CCUCUUUUCAACAUCACUGGAAACACCGUAUCAUUUAUACUGGGAGUUUUGUAUCAUGCCCAAAAUAGUGGUACUCCCUGAGAGAGCGCUCCAAAAAACAGUCUCUUUAUUUCGUGGAAACAGCUGAUUCUUAGUCAGCAUAGUGCAUUGGCAUGUGCGAAUGCGUCGCUGCAUCCUGAAAUUUUAGGGCUUGGCCAGCGCUUUCCCUCGAUGGCCUUGGCCAACUCACAAAGGAAGCAUUCAUUUGCCUCAUCCGUUCAGUUUCGUGUAGCGCUUUUUCUUACAUGGACGUGUCAGCGGUUUUUUCUUCCCCUGUGAUCUGGGUGGUUACAUUCAUCUCAGUGCUUUACGUCAUUUACAAGCAUGUCACGGCUUCAUUUAAUUACUUCUCUGAACAAGGAAUCAAUGGGCCUCGACCAAACCCCAUCUUUGGCAAUAUGUGGGGCAUCUGGAAAGCGAAUCUGCCGGAUCACGACGUGGAUUUAGUGAAAAAAUAUGGCAAAAUAUUCGGUUAUUUUGACGGAUCAACACCCAACCUCUGGAUCACGGAUGUGGAUUUGAUUAAGGCUAUUUUCAUUAAAGAUUUCGACCACUUCGUCGAUCGUCGAACUAUGGAAGUAAAGCUAAAAGUCAUGCGUAAGUGGAUGACAUUAAUGAAGGGUCAAGAAUGGAAAGACGUCCGUUCAUCAGUUACACCGGCCUUCACUACCGGCAAAAUAAAACGUAUGUCUAACCUGAUAAAUGAUUGCGUUGCUGACCUGUGUGAUCGUCUUACCUCAGCCAGACAAAUUGGAGAGAAGAUUGAUGCCAAACUAAUUUUUAGUGCUUUUACAAUGGAUGUUAUAGCAAGAUGUGCAUUUGGUUUCAAGAUCGACACUCUAGGUAGCGAGAAUGAUGUUUUUAUUCGAAACGCACGUGUCAUUGUGAAUCCACCAACUACCAGAUCACCGGUUGGCCUAUUGCCGUUUGUGUUUCCCAAUUUCCUAAGCAUAUUCGGCGGCAUUGCUGAACGUUUAUUUACCAUUAAAGAAAUGAAAUUCUUUUUCGAUUUACUUGAGGAUGUGCUACGUGAUAGGUCACAAUCCAAAGAGAAUUAUCACGAUUUUAUUGAAAUAGCCAAUGAAUCUAUUUCUGAAUUCACCAAGGAAGUAGAUGGCAAAACAGUGCCUAUGUGGACACGUGAGGAGAUUGACGAGAUUAUAAUGGGACAGUCUACACUCUUUAUGCUGGCCGGCUUCGACACGACAGCAACCACUUUGACAAACACUUGCUUUCAACUGGCAAGGAAUCCAGACAUCCAGGAAAAAUUGUAUGACACUGUCAUUGCCAAAAUGGAAGAAUAUGGCGAGGUCUGUCAUGAUAUGAUCCAAGAUAUGCCCUAUCUUGAGAUGGUUAUUCAAGAAGUUCUGCGCUUUUAUCCACCUCUUGUAAGAGUUGAGCGUCAAUGCACGAAAGAUUAUUCUUACGACAAUGGUCGCAUUCAAAUGAAAAAGGGACAGCUUGUGACUGUGCCGGCCUAUGCUCUCCAUCACAUGGAAGAAUACUACCCCGAUCCAGAAAAAUUCGACCCUGACAGGUGGAGUCCUGAAAAUAAAGCCAACCGUAACCCCUAUACCUUCAUGGCCUUUGGUAUAGGACCGCGUAACUGCGUCGGUAUGCGAUUUGCCAUGGAAGAGAUGAAGAUUGCUCUUGCCACUGUGAUCCAAAAAUUUCGUUUCUUUCCGGUUGAAGAAACUCCGGAGAAGCUUCGUUUCCAUGAUGGAUUUACCCAAAUUCUACAGCCUUUACAUGCGACGUUGGGUAUCGAAUUCCGACAAACCCUCUCCGACUGAAAAGUACAAUCUUCGUAUGGUUGGGUUGAAUGGAAAGAAAUGGAAAAUGGGGAGUAUUAAGUGCGUAUUAUUUUCAAGUAUCAAGCGGAGUUGCAGGAAAUCAAAGUUCCAUUGAUAAAAGAUUUGGCAUCCAUUGCUUUAAAAAUUAUUUUAUCUAACACACAUUAUUUGCACAGUUUUAUAAUAGUAGCAGCUGUAAACAUGUUCAUGGUUUUAUACCGCAGUUUUAGGUGUACUGGAAUCACAUUUAAGAGGAAACCUUGGACAGAU